CCCAUGAACUUCUUCCAAUGAUUUAAAACUUCCUCCCAGUAACUCACAGCUGUUAUAAAAACAAAGAAGGUAAAGCAACCCUACAGCAGAGUCAAACAUGGCGAGUGUUACUGUGACAUCCUGUUGGAAGAGUCUUCUGCUGGUGGCACUUAUGGAUCAAAUGUAUGUACAGGUCAGUCCGCUGAGCACUGUCCCAUCUCUACUCAAUCUACUCAGCUAUGAUCAGUGGAUGAUCAGCAUUAGUGGACCUGACACUGUGUUUCCUGGUCAGUUAAGUCAGUUCACCUGCCUGACCAGCUGCUCCUUAAAUGUGGAAUGCACCGUCACGUGGAAGUUCAGGGGAGGUUUCCCUGUUGGAACCUACCUUUCCAUCAAUAAAAAUGUGGUCAAGUGGACUCCUUCACUACCUGAGACUUUUCAGACCUUCACCUGCAUUGCAGAGAAUAAAGCUGCUGGACGUUCUGCUGAGGCCACCAAGAUGGUAGAAGUUAAAGUUCAAAUAUCUGUACAGGUCAGUCCGAUUAACACUGUACCAUCUCUCAACCAGUCACUAAAUCUCAUCUGCCAUGAUGCCAGAUUUGGUGAUCCACAAGGUCUAUCAGACCUGGUCUGGUAUAAAGAUGGACAAAAGGUGACCCUGCGUGAAAAUAUGUGGCUUCAGCAAAACAACCUCACACUUCACUUUGACUCACUGCUGCCCUCUGAUGCUGGUUUCUACCAGUGUCAAACUUAUCUGCCUACAUCACAGACAAGAGUUGUCAGCCUGGGCUAUCUGCUCAGCUAUGAUCAGUGGAACGUCAGCAUUAGUGGACCUGACACUGUGUUUCCUGGUCAGUUAAGUGAGUUCACCUGCCUGACCAGCUGCUCCUUAAAUGUGGAAUGCACCGUCACGUGGGAGUUCAGGGGACGUUUCCCUGUUGGACCCUACUUUUCCAUCACUAAAAAUGUGGUCAAGUGGACUCCUUCACUACCUGAGACUUUUCAGAACUUCACCUGCAUUGCAGAGAAUAAAGCUGCUGGACGUUCUGCUAAGGCCACCAAGAUGGUAGAAGUUAAAGACAUCCCAAUCUCUGGAUCAGAGGCGAUGCAGCUCAGUGGACUUUUUGCAGGAAUCCUCAGUCUGGGACUGUGGGUCCUCUAGGGUUGGGCUCUAAGAACAGUUUACUUAUUUUCAUUUUAAGGAGACUGUUCACCCCAGUAUCAACUUUAUGCCCAGAUAAAUAGAUAACUACAACAUGGAUUACCAAUUACAACAAAAAAAUGAAAUGCAGCAGAUAUCUGCAAAAGUAACUCAGACCUACAGCCAGAGGAAAAUUACGUAAGUUUGAUUUUGGGGUGAACUGUCCCUUUAAGUAUAAGUGGGCAUAUUUUCUCUGCUGUUUAUUUCUGCAGCAGCUUUUUAAUAAUUUUUUUUAUUGUUAUUCCUGCAAAACACUGCAAAAGAAAAGUAUGCAAUGUCAAAUGUUAGAAAAGGCGGAGCAGUAAUUUUUCAUUAUAUAUUAUUGUAAAACAUAUGAACACAUGAAUGAAAAAUAAAUUGUGUGUUUUAUGUCGCAAUUGGACUUGAUUCAUAUUUGACAAUUAAAUUUGAUACAUUAUUUACUUAGUGCUAAUUUAUAGCGUACGUUUUAAAUAUGACCACAAGGUGUCACUAAAAACACAGAAGUCCUGGCUUUCAAGGACAGUGGAAGGUAUCCAGUAAAUUAUUUCUAUGAAUGAUAUUGCAAUCAUUAUUCUGAUUGUUGGGAUUUCAAUGACAAACGUAAAAAUUAAUUUAUAAUUCUUUCAAUGCAUUUGUAACUCCCUCAGUUAAAAGAGAUUUGUGAGACGUCAGCUUGAUAAAGAAAUUGUGUCACCUCCACGCUUUGCCCCUGUGGUCAGUCUCCUGUUCUUUUGAAACUGAAAAAUUAAUACAGAGAAGAUAACCACACAGAGCAAACUGGGGAACACUGAGGUUUUUCAUGUGUUUUGUGUCUACCUGUGUUGUUUUCAUUUCCUCUUUUGUGAUAUCUCAGUUGGUUUAUUAGAUGUAAAACAGGCGGCGGAAAAUGAAACUAAAACUUUUGCUUUCAUUUUGUUGUAAAAGAAACCGAGUUGUGCAUCCUGACCUCAUCCUAGUUUCAGCCAACUGCUUGUUUAAACUGUGCAGUCUCCAUAUCUGAUCUGUUUAUUGUAAACUAGAAAAUGUUUGGUGUCUUGUGAUAUGUCUAUGACGUGUUCUCUCUUUAAAAUUAAAGAAAUAUUUUUUGUCCAAAUUCCA